AUGGACCUAUUGGCACACAGAGAUCCUGGAAUUCCCCUGCCCGAUCAGAACCUCUACAAGGCAAUCUGGUUUAACCCCUCGGAUUUUGGUUCCUUUGCGGAAGCGUUCCUACGGUCGUCAGAAACCACAAACCUCCAACCAUUAGGAGUGUCAGAUAAUCUAUUUCCUUGGAUUUGUUGGAGAGUCUGGACAGCAAGAAACUACAAAGUCUUUGAGAACAGAGUUUCCUCGCCUGCUGGGAUCCUCUCGAAAUCCAUCCGAAAUGCAAAAGAAUGGUGUAUGGCUCAAUCACCUCCACCUACAGCUACUGCUCCUCAACGUCUGGCGCUUCCCCCUGCUCUGACCUCCACAAGUGUUAUUGGAUACAUUGACGCAGUGUGGCAGGCUGGCUCAAACAUAGCAGGAUGUGGGUGGGUUUUCAAGGAUCACCACGAUGAAUGCCUGCAACAGGGAACUAAGAUCUUCAAUCACAUAUCUUCAGCCUUGAUGGCCGAAGCGCUUGCAGUCAGGUCAGCUCUUCUCAACGCCUUCGAAGCGGGUUUCUCCUGA